GAAGCAAAAAGCCCAUUCAGUUAGCAUUCAGCUUUUUGCCAGUUCGGCGGCGCUUGCCAAUCCACCUCCAGCGCUAGUUUGACGGCUUUGCGCGCCAAUCCAAGUUUUUAGUUAGUUGUCCCUCUGACACUGAUAACCCAGACACAUCUUUUGCAAUAAUAAUACACAAAAUUUAUAUAGCACGUAGUACAGGCUUUUGGAAAAUGCGAAUUGUUAUCAUUUGAAGUUAUAAUAAAAAUUAAAUAAAAAAGAAAGAAAUAUUCCAUAGAAAUAGUCUCGAUUUGUUACUCACCGCAUAAAGUCAUCGAACAAAAAAUGGCUGUGGAUUAUGUUUUAGAGGACCUCAUGGGGAAAUUGGGUGAAUUUGGCAAAUAUCAAUUUGCCCAAUUCUUUUUGCAAGUGCUCUCGGCACUGACGGCGGGAAUGCAUAUGCUGUCUCUGGUAACUGUGGCUGCUGUUCCGGAGCAUCGGUGCUUUAUUCCUGGCCUGGAUAAUAGCACCCUCUCACAAUUGCCAUGGAACUCCACUGCCAUCGUGGAUGCCAUUCCAUUAAAGGCUACAGGCGAGCUGGACUCGUGUCAUAUGUUCGAUUUGAGCGCAGGAAAUCAGACUGUCAUCAUUCCCUGUGAGAAUUAUGUGUACGAUACAACAUAUUACAAGACAUCCCGCACCAUCGACUGGAACUUUGUCUGCAAUCGUCGUUGGAUGGGCGCCAUAAUUCAGACUGUGUUCAUGCUGGGCACCUUUACGGGAGCUGUGACGUUGGGCGGUUUGGCGGAUAAGGUGGGCCGCAAGGCAGUCUUUUGCUGGUCGGCGCUCCUGCAGCUGAUAGUCGGUGUUGGUGUCGCCUUCAUACCAGAAUACUUCUCGGUUAUGGCAACGCGGUUCGUGCUCGGCAUUGUUGGCUCUGCCGGCGCCUAUAUAUGCGGUUUUGUGCUGACCAUGGAGCUGGUCGGUCCCAGCAAGCGCACGGUUUGCGGCGUUACCUUCCAGGCAGUAUUUGCUGGUGGCAUAAUGCUAGUCGCAGGAUGGGGUGCCAUCAUCAAGGACCGUCAGCUGUUGCAGGUGGUAUAUGGUCUACACGGCUUGCUGUUUAUUGGCCACUGGUGGCUGUUGGAUGAGUCACCGCGUUGGCUUUGGAUGCAGGGACGCGCUGCGGAGGCUGUGGACAUUGUGGCCAAGGGGCUACGCAUCAAUGGAUCUGGCAUUGCCGUUGACAAGGAUUACUUUGUUCAGAAGGCCAAGCAUCAGGCAGCUGUUGAGGAGAAGUCCAGUGCGGGCCUGAGUGACCUCUUCCGCACGCCCAAUUUGCGCAUGAAGACGUUGAAUGUUUGUCUGUGCUGGUUCGCUAACUCAAUUGUUUACUAUGGCCUGUCCCUGAGCACCGGUAAGCUCUAUGGCAAUCCAUACCUCAUACUGUUCCUCAUGGGACUGGUGGAGUUCCCCAGCUAUGUGUUCGUGGUGUUUGUCUUGGAUCGCCUGGGAAGGCGCUCCAUUACAUCCACUCUGAUGCUGGGCGGCGGCCUCUGUUGCAUUGUGGCCGCAUUUAUAGCACAGGGCAGUACAGUGUCCACCAGCGUUGUGAUGGUGGGCAAACUGCUCAUCGCUGGAUCCUUUGCCGUCAUAUAUAACUACUCGGCGGAACUGUUUCCCACCGUGGUGCGAAACUCUGCUAUGGGAUUGGGAGCCAUGUCUGCACGUCUCUCUGGCGCUUUGACGCCGUUGAUAACACUGCUCGGUGAUUCGUUUGAUCCAAAGAUUCCGGCCGUGCUCUUUGGUAUAGUUGCCCUUGUCUCGGGCUUUUGGGUUAUGUUCUUACCGGAAACAAUGAACCAGCCGAUGCCAGAGUCCAUUGAGGAUGGCGAGAACUUUGGCAAGGGCGAUACCUGGUUCAGUCAAUGUGCUGGUCGCAAACAGCGACAGGAUAGUAUUUAUCCCGACGAUCCCGAGCAAAUGGUACCGCUGAAAAACAUUGAAAGCAAAUAGAAAAUGCCAAAGUUUUGUUUCCCUUUCAGUUAAGCAUUCUCAUAAGCUAUACACACCCACACAUAGCUGCUUUUGCAGCGCCUUUAGAUAAGUUUCAUCCUGUUAAUAAAUUGAGACACUCGCUGCGAGACUCGGAUAUAUCUAAUUCGAUGAUGCGUUGAGUUCGCAGUUCUCACUCUUGUUUUAUAAUUUA